CCACAAGGAUCCAAGAAUAAGAAGAAGAAGAAGAAGAGAUUGAAAUAUUAAGAAAAUAUGUCGUGGCAAACUUACGUAGAUGACCACUUGAUGUGCGAUAUCGAUGGCACAGGACACCACCUCUCCUCCUCUGCCAUCAUCGGCCACGACGGCUCCGUCUGGGCUCAGAGUUCUUCCUUCCCUCAGAUUAAGUCUGAUGAGAUCAAUGGUAUCAUGAAAGAUUUUGAUGAACCUGGUCAUCUUGCUCCUACUGGCCUCCACCUUGGAGGCACCAAAUACAUGGUAAUACAAGGAGAGCCAGGAGCCGUCAUUCGUGGGAAGAAGGGAUCUGGAGGUAUCACCAUAAAGAAAACUGGUCAAGCAUUAGUUUUCGGCAUAUAUGAUGAACCUGUUACUCCUGGACAAUGCAACAUGAUUGUUGAGAGGUUGGGAGAUUACCUUGUUGAUCAGGGUCUGUAGACCAAGAUCUUUUAAGAUCUUUUUAUUUACAAUUAUGAUCUGCAUCUUUUCAACCCCAUGUUGGGAGUUGUUGCAGACAAUAAGCAUAUGAGAAUUUAACAGUUCUUCGUCUUUUGAAUUUUUAAAUUUCAUUGCCCUGAUGA